CGGCGUCCUCCCUCCGGAGGCCCAGGCGGUGGGUCGGGAAGCCGCGCUCCGUUCUUUCCAUGCCCGCGAGCGCCGCUUGGACGGGCAGAGAAAGAUUUGCGUGGCCGAGGAGGACGGUCCCAAGGCGGGGAGGCCACGGAGCCGGGCCUUUGCCGCCAAGCAAGGAGAAGAAGAAGAAGAAGAAGAAGAAGCCCCGGGACAAAACGAGGCUGCGGAAAGAGGACCAAAGUUGGGAGGCGCGACGCGGGGAGAAGGGGAAUUGGCUCCACUCCCUCCAGAGCCGCCUCGCCUUUCCUCGCCGUGGCUCGGGCCAACCAAAGUCCUGCGGAAAGGCAGAGAGAGAGAGAGAUUAGCUUGCCUCCAGGCCGGCCUGCCUGCCCCCCUCCGCUUCCCUCUCUCGCUUCAGGGCGAGCAGGGAGGGGAAAGCCCGGCCUUGGCCCUCCACUCCCCUGAGUGAGGCAAGGAGGGCAAGCGAUGAUGAGGCUCCUGGCUCUGUAGAGCGGCCGCCUCGGCUCCGGCUCGGCUGAAGACUUUCUUGCAGGCGCAUUGUUCCCAGCCCCGCAGCAGCUCCCCCCUUCCCUUCCCCUCUCCUCCCUUUCUCCAUCUUCCUUCCCUCCUUUGACUUCUUCUUGCCGUCGCCUCCUCGCCUUCCCUCCUCUCCCCCCUGAGAAGAGAGAGAGAGAGAGAGGAGCCGAGCAUCAGCCAGAGAUGCUGGAACAUCAGCAGAAGCGGGAGCAACUCCCUUGAUCCUCUCUUGCGGCAGCAGCAGCAGCAGCCACAGCAGCAACGCGAGGCGACUUUCCCGGCUUCUUCCAUCCUCGCCCGGCUCUUUCCCCUCUGGCUUCGGGUCCUGCCGGUUUCAGGAGCCCAGAGAAGGCGGAGGGAAGGCAGAGCAGCCCCUCGUCGCCAGAGGCGGAGGCAGAAGAAGAAGCAGGAGCAGCGGGAUUUUGGGGCGGUGGCAGAAGCAACAACAAAGAAGCGCCUCUCCCUCCGCGCCCCUGCCUCCCCUCUCCCCUCGGCUCCCCUCGCGUUAGGGCCAGACAUGGAAGAUGGGUCUUCCUCUUCAUCUUCUUCUUCGGCCAGCUGCUUUCGGCGCUUCACCCAGUGUUUCCUAAGCACAAGUUUGACAGAUGAAAAAGUGAAGGCCUAUCUUUCUCUUCACCCCCAGGUACUGGAUGAAUUCGUAUCAGAAAGUGUAAGUUCAGAAACAGUGGAAAAAUGGUUAAGAAGGAAAAACCACAUAGAUGAAGAUGUUCCAACUCCCAAACAUGUUAGCAGGUACCAGAAUACUGAUAUGCAAAGUGUGGUAUAUGAACUGAACAGCUAUAUAGAGCAACGGUUGGAUAUAGGAGGGAACAAUCAACUGCUAUUAUAUGAAUUGAGUGGUGUCAUUCGAAUGGCUACAAAUGCUGAUGGAUUUGCACUGUAUUUCCUAGCUGACUGCAAUAAUAGUCUUUGUGUGUUCACACCACCAGGAAUCAAGGAUGGGCAACCACAGCUUGUUCCUGUAGGGCCUAUUCAGCAUGGCACCACAGUAUCUGCUUAUGUAGCCAAAUCUAGGGAAACAUUAUUAGUAGAAGAUAUUUUAGGGGAUGAGCGUUUCCCCAAAGGUACUGGACUAGAAUCAGGGACGCGUAUCAAAUCUGUGCUUUGUUUGCCAAUUGUUAAUGCAGUUGGUGACUUGAUUGGUAUCUUGGAGCUUUAUCGGUACUGGGGCAAUGAAACUUUCCAUCUUAGUCACCAAGAGGUAGCAACAGCAAAUCUUGCAUGGGCCUCAGUAGCAAUACAUCAGGUGGAGUUUUUACAAUAUCUCCAUCAGGUGUCCAGGGGCCUUGCCAAACAGACUGAACUGAAUGACUUUCUGCUUGAUGUAUCAAAAACAUAUUUUGAUAACAUAGUUGCAAUAGAUUCUCUACUUGAACAUAUCAUGAUAUAUGCAAAAAACCUGGUGAAUGCAGAUCGCUGUGCACUCUUCCAGGUAGAUGAGAAGAACAAUGAGUUAUAUUCAGAUCUGUUUGAUAUUGGGGAGGAACAAGAAGGGAAACCUGUUUUCAAGAAGACCAAAGAAAUAAGGUUUUCUAUUGAAAAAGGAAUAGCUGGCCAGGUGGCAAGAACAGGAGAAGUCCUCAAUAUUCCUGAUGCCUAUGCUGAUCCACGUUUUAACAGAGAAGUAGAUCUCUACACAGGAUACACCACGAGGAACAUUUUAUGCAUGCCUAUUGUGAGCCGAGGAAGUGUAAUAGGCGUUGUGCAGAUGGUGAACAAACUCAGUGGAAGUGCCUUCUCUAAAACCGAUGAGAACAACUUUAAAAUGUUUGCAGUCUUUUGUGCUUUAGCCUUACACUGUGCUAAUAUGUACCACAGAAUUCGCCAUUCAGAAUGUAUUUAUCGUGUAACUAUGGAGAAGCUUUCUUACCAUAGUGUAUGUACUGAGGAAGAAUGGCAAAACCUCAUGGACUGUAAACUCCCACCACACCUCUGCCAAGAAAUUGAACUAUACCACUUUGACAUCAGUCCUUAUGAAGAUUUUUGGCCAGCCAUUUUUAUCCAUAUGAUCCAUCAGUGUUGUGGAAUAGGCUGGAGGAUCAGCAGGGAAGACACUCAGGACAAAGAAGAAUGCAGUGCUAUGCUGUCAGCAUUGAGCCUUUAUGUGGAGUCUGAUGUUGUGGAGGAAGGUUUUGAUUUAGAAAAACUCUGUCGUUUCACUAUGUCCGUAAAGAAGAACUACCGCCGUGUACCCUAUCACAACUGGAAACAUGCAAUUACAGUGGUACAUUGUAUGUAUGCCAUUCUUCAGAAUAACCACAAUGUUUUCACAGAUCUAGAACGAAGAGGUCUUCUGGUUGCGUGUUUAUGUCAUGACCUGGAUCACAGAGGUUAUAGCAACAGCUAUCUCCAGAAAUUUGACCAUCCAUUGGCAGCUCUUUAUUCCACCUCAACCAUGGAACAGCAUCACUUUUCACAGACAGUGUCUAUCUUGCAGCUGGAAGGCCACAAUAUUUUCUCUAAUUUGAGCUCCAAUGAUUAUGAGCAAGUCCUGGAAAUCAUCCGCAAAGCCAUUAUAGCUACUGACCUUGCUCUGUACUUUGGAAAUCGGAAGCAGUUAGAAGAACUUCAUCAGGGAAAAACACUAAAUCUUAAAAACCAGGCACAUAGGGAUCGUGUGAUUGGAUUAAUGAUGACAGCAUGUGACUUGUGUUCUGUGACAAAAUUGUGGCACGUGACCAGAUUGACAGCUAGUGAUAUAUAUGCAGAAUUUUGGGCUGAGGGUGAUGAAAUGAAGAAGUUGGGUAUUCAGCCUAUUCCAAUGAUGGACAGAGAUAAGAAGGAUGAAGUUCCUCAGGGCCAAAUUGGAUUCUAUAGUGCUGUAGCCUUGCCAUGUUAUACCACACUUGCACAGAUUUUCCCUCCCACAGCACCACUACUUCGAGCAUGCAAGGAAAAUCUCAAACAAUGGGAAAAAGUGAUACGUGGAGAAGAAGCUUAUGGAUGGAUACCUACCGAGUCAAAUAGCACUGGCUCAGAUUCGCUUCCUGUGAAGAUUGAUGACUGAUAAACAUUUCAAGAAUUAUUUAAUUCCCCUCCUCCCUUUUUUUGCUUUUAAAAUUAUGAACACUCGAAUUAACAAGUGAAGAAGACUUCGUAGAAUCCUUCAGCGAUACAGUAUGAAAAAAGAGACUGAAUGACAAUUCAGCCAUUUCAAAUCAGCUAUGGAAGCAAAUCUUUAGCUUGUAAAUACUAAAAAAACAAAACAAAACCUUGCUUUUUACUUAUGGGCUACUUACUGAGGCCUUAAUUUAAAAAUGGAGAAAGCAGAACUUAAAGGCUGCUUUUAAACUGCAUCUUCUACCGGGAGCAGGGUUCAAUGGUACUUUUUCUACAUCAUACUGUUACCAGUUCCAUUUACAACGCUCUUGGCUAUCAACAGGAGAUCACCCAUUGCUAUUGUAAAUGUUUUUGUUAAAUCUUUGUGUCAUCAUUUAUAACUUCAGAAGAAAUUCUCUGGAGAUGAAACUAUAAUUGAGUUUACAGUACUUGAAUUUACCUUGCUGCAUAUGGGAGUUUAUCUUUCAAAUAUAGUGCUCCAAAAUGGUUUUAUAAACAUCACAGGACAACUGUUUUAUUGGACAUGUUAAAUAUUGGAAAAUAUAAAAUAUGUGGUUUCUAAAAGUGAUUUCUCCAGAUACAAAGUGUGUCCAUUUCUACACUGGAAGUAAUAGAACAUUUACCUCUGACAAGAAGACAUUUUAAGUAUUCCAUCAGUAGAUGAAGGCCUUCCUGCUGACAUUAAUAAGGGAAAUGGGCUGAAUUUCAAAGGUCUAACCAGUGGAAAACAAAUCAAAUUAUAUUUUGGGAAAUCUUAGAGAGACAGGCCUUCAAUCCCAUAAAAACAGGGCAUUCAAAAUAAUGCCAUAAUCACUAGAAUAUAAAGGUAUCUUUACAAUAAACGACAUUGAUAUUAUCUCCAGCUUUUAAUUUCCUCAGUAGUGCUAUGUAUGUUCUGCUCAGCCCCUCCCUCCUAACAAUUGAAAAGUUUAUUUCAAAGCAUACUCUUUUUUUAAAUCUUGUAAGCACACUGCUUAUAAAACAGAUUGCUGGUUUGAAAAACAUUGCACUUGAAUACUGUGAAAUACAAGUCUGUAUUGACUUGGCCCCCAAUUCUGCAAACAUUGACAUUAUUUAAAGCCUAUGUAUACCUCUUUGCAGAACUGAGUUUUAGAUCUAGUGCAAAUACUUUAAUUUUAAUAUAUCUUUAUAAGUUAUAUUACUAAGCCAUGGGGUUUAAUCCUAGCACCACUGACCUCAGUGUGAGUUCUGCUAUAGACUUGAAUGGGUACUUUUUUUUUCUACCCCUUUCUCUUUCAUCUCCUCAUGUCCCUGAUCUGUCUACUAACAGAAUAUGUUUGUACUGUCCUCAAGGAUGAGGGUACCAAUCUUUUGCUGGAUGUAACAUUUAAAUGGCUGCAUGCAUAGAAAAUUUAUAUAAAUUUGAUCUGCGCUAUCUUUGCCUACGGGCUAACACAUCAGAAUAAGACUUGUAUGUGCACAUUGGAUUCCCCCAUUACAACAUUAUGUUCAACACAUGUUGUGGUUAAGUGCGAUGGCUAUGCACUUAAUCACAACAUCGUUAUGACCCACCAAUUCACAUAGAUGCUGAAUUUUGGGAGGAGUUGUGAGCAAGCAAUGGGAAGCAUUGUUACAUGGAUGUAAAUGCCAGGUUUUCUUGUUACUUGGGGUGUAAAACUGCUUUUCUUGUUACUUAGUACUCUCUAGAAUUUUCCAAACAUUUGUCCUCUGGUACUGGACUUCUGCUCCCAGAAGCCCCAGCCAAUUUGGUCAAUAGUUAGUAAUUCUGAAGUCCAAAACACCUGGAGGACCAAAGCUUAGGAAGCACCGUGGUGUAUUCUGGUAUUCAAGUCAUGAGUAUGAUAAUAUAUGCUGGAUGACAUCUGCCAGAUAAUUUGUGAACUCUGAAAAUGACUAGCACACCAAGAUUAUUUUUGCCAGUAGAUCCAAAUGCUUGACUUCCCAGAAUUACCUUUUGAUAUUGUUGCUAUAAAAGAUCAAUCAUGGGCAUGAAAGUUCUAUUAUUGAAAGAGCAUUCAAAUCAGUCCAUCUUCCAUGUAGAGCAAGCAGCUCUUUGUACUCUCACACACAAACACAUGUCUAGCCUAUAAUAGAUUUGGUUCAAUCAUCUGUUUUUAAUUGACUACUCUCUUAUCUUCUUCAAUAUACUAAAUAGGCCAUAUGGUUGGUACAUUGUUCAUAAGAUCACAUGAUCAUAUUAUCUCAUCAUUUUAACCCUUGUCUAAAAGAAAACAUUUUACUGACCAAUUCCUCAGAGAGUUUUGCCUUAGAUUAUAGUUUAAGACAUAUUGUUACAUGAUUGUACAUCAAUGUCUAUGGUCUGGUAAGAAAUAUAUACAAUGAUAUCAUUGAGCCUUUUCCAUAAAUAUAUAUUAUAUGUUUAGAUAUGUGCUCUGUUGGGUCUUUUUUUAAAGACCUGGGUCCUUGAAAUGAUCCAGUUAGCAUUGCCCUAAUCAUUCUUUAUCACGUCAUCUUACUAUUUCUCAUGUGACCAUUAUGCCCAACAGAACCAAGUUAAGUAUUAAAGAAACAACUAUUUCAAAUAUGUUUUGAUUAGGUUUACAUGGAUAACUACCCAGUUGUAAGAAAAAAGGAGGUGGCAUGCCUAAUUAAUCCAAAGCAUUCCUCUGUCAUGUAUAUAUACACUGAGAAAAAUGGCAGAGCUAGUGAAACUGGAAUUCCAGAAAUUAUAAUUUUUAUAUAUUUCUGGAGGGCUUGUUUAGUCUAAGGUGACAGUGACAUAAAUGGAAGUAUUUCCCUUUGGUCUAGAUCUCGAUGGCUAUGUAUUUUAUCAUCCUGUAUGGAUGUUGUCAUAUAUAGUCAGAAUCUCAACACUCAUUCUACAAGUGAGUUUGGCCUAAUUUAAAGUAUUGUUACAGUUAAUGGAUUGAACUCAUAUCACAAUUGAUUGCAUCAAACAUUAAAUUAUUUCAGCCUGCCUCUUGAUGAUUAGCAAGAUUGAUUCUUUUUGCUGUCAUUGAUAGUAUGAAGAAGCAGUAAGAGUUUUCUGAGGUAGGCUUCUCUUUGUUUUCUGGGAUUACUAUUACUAAUAAUAAUAUUUUAGAAGUAUUUCCUGAAGUAGAGGAAGGGAAGAAGAAAAAGAAGCUAAAAGGGUGAAAGCCCCCAAAUGUACUCAGGUCCCCAACACCCAGUCAGUCAGACUAAAUAAAAAGAAUCAGGAAAAUAAAGGAAAAUAAAAAAGAUUCAAUUGUGAUGCCAAAUAGGGGAAGAGGAGCUGAGAUCAGCUCCUGCUUGCUUUUGUGUCAGGCAGGUUUUCGUGCCAGGAGGGUCCUUACCAUUAUCAGCUCCCGAAGUACCAAAGAUACCAAUGGAAACAGAGGAAAUGAAAUCCACGCACAACCCUAGUUACUACUCAUGAUUGAAUAACAAUAUAAAAUAUUUCCAGAAGCAAGCAUUGUGAUUGAUGACUCCUCAGAAUGACACAUCUUAUCCAGUUUUCAGUCAGAACUUGAAAAGAGCUAUCCAAAGUUCAGAAAAAUAUCUCCAAAUUAGCUUCAACACAUUGGGUACUUUCUUGAAAGCUCAGAAUAAAAUCCUCUGCAGGCUCACCACCCAAUUGACAUAGGAGUCACCUGCCACUACUGCAGUGGUUGUCAAUCUGGGGUCCCUAGAUGUUUUUGGCCUACAACUCCCAGAAAUCCCAGCCAAUUUACCAGCUGUUAGGAUUUCUGGGAGUUGAAGUCCAAAAACAUCUGGGGACCCCAGGUUGACAACCACUGCACUACUGGGAUAAGGUAGACUGUAUCCAUUUCAUUGUCUUGUUAACAUUUUAUGCUACCUAUAUGUUUCCUAUAUACAUACAAGUGAUACAUAACCUCACUCCUGGGAUUUUGAUAUAAGCAGACAUGUUUUGCUCAUAAAAGUUAUUGUCCGAAUUUAAACUGUUACCAACACACAGUGUUUAGUUUCUAAUAUGUUAUAGAGGUUAUUGGGGGGGAGGGGGGGAGAAUUCAAGUCACAAAUGCUACUAAUUGUAUAAUGUCUUGGUUCCCAAAAAGCUGAAAAUCAAAAUGAGUGACACAGUAACCAGAAAAGCAGCUUUUGUCAUAAAUAUUUCUAUCCAGAAGUGCUUUGGGGAUAUAAUUAGACCUUUUAAAAAGUGGCAGCAUGCAAAAGGAAACACACACACACACACACAUAUUUACAAGCAUUUCUGUGAACAAAAAUAGAAAAUUACAAUAGAAGUAUAGCAAUUGUUUCUUCAAAUUUUAUUUGAAAAUAUUCUGGAAAAGUUGUACUUAACUGCAAGCUUUUACUACCAAUAACAACAAAAGGAAUGUCUGUUCAAGUGUAUUUCAGUAGUCACUUCUUUUUCAGAAUAACAUAUUUAAAGAAAAAGAAAAAGAAAUAUAUUGAUUAACUUAUUACUUAGUCCUAGGCAGAAAUCUGAAAAGUGAGCCUCAAGCUUGAAUACUUCCUCAUUCAUUGGCUGUAUCGCACAUUGUAGAUAGAAAUGAACAAUUGAAUGGGAGAGAGCCUGUGAUGCAAUGCGGAACUUUAUGGUGUAACCAGACGCAUACCAAACAAUUUUGAGGAAAAAGGAGAGGUGAUUUGUGUGUGGAAAGAACUUUGUUCAUCAUAGUCAGAAGCUAAGAAACCAAGUAACCUGUGAACAGGUUGGAAAACAAAGCCAACUGUCAGAGUGGACACUUUGGUCCAUGGUGAUGGCACUGCUCUAAAGAAGAUCAUUUUUAAAUGCGUGGAGAGGAUGAAAGAGUACAACACUAGUAUUUCUUUUUUAAAAUCAGGGAACACAUUUUAAAAGGUACAAAUUCACAAGACAUGCAGCAAAGCACUAAGUGGCACACUGGUACCUUUUUGUUUGGAUUAGACAGAAGCAUUUAUAUGGUAUGGGUAGUGUUAACAUGUCUUGACUCAACUACUCAGUCAUUGAUAACACUACAUAAAAGCAUAGAAGACUUGUAAUUGUUUGUGGAGUUCCAGAUCAUUGAGGAAAUACAAACAUAUUGUGGUGUAGGCUCCAUAUUGUUCCACUUGUAAGGCAGGCGCUUUUGAUACACAGACAAGAGGUUAAUUCUUAUUAGGAACUUCAGAUUAUAGUGCUUUUAUUCCAUAUUAAGAAGACACAUUACACUAAUUUUCUUUUAAAUAUUUUGUUUGCUGACCAAAAACUGUGCUCAGUUGUAAUAUGAGUAUUUACUCCAUCGUGCCCUCAAAACAUAAGUAAUGUAACUGAUCUGUAGUUUUCAUCCAUGUAUAUCCACAUUCUCGUAGGUUGUUUGGGAAAGAGGCAACUCCAAAGUAACACGAUCCAGGGUUAGUAUAUCUAAGGGGCUGGGGGGGGGGGGGAGAGGAAACAUUUUAUAUAUAGCCGAUGUCGAGAAAGCUCUCUUUGUACAAAGAAAUACUGCAAGUGCAAUAAUUUAAAAGGGUCUUAACUCUACAUUUAUAAAUUAUAAAUAUUGUACAUGAUAUGUUUGCAGUCUUUGUAUUUUAAAAAAAAGACCCAGAUCUUUACUCUUCUGUUUGUACAAUAGGACAUGUAAUCAUUUAUUAUGAUCUAGGUAUGUUGUAAAUAAAUUUGCAAAACCAAACAGUCAGAA